AGCAGCCGCCACCAACGCAGCAGCAGCAGCAACCUGAGCAAGAUAAACACGCAAAACAAAGCGAACUGGGUCAGUAAGCGAAAGGAGGAAAACGAGGGAGGAGGAGGAGGAGCAGGAGGAGUGGAAGGAGCACCCAAAAGGAGGCGCAGCUAGAAUGCAGCAUGUGCUGCAGCUGAAAUGUGUAGCAUACUUGUCAGCGCCAAAAGGGUGUGCGACGCCCAAGCGGAAAUUAACUUUGGUGGAUUGAAAGUCGAAUUUGGAAAACAAUAGCAAUGGCCAUGGCAGCAGCUGCAGCAGCAGGAGCAACAUUAACAAAAGCCAAGCCCUAGGAGCCAAGGAGCAGCAACAAAUCUAAUUACCGACCAACAAUAAGGUCAAAUCCUGUUCAUCACGAUGAUGACGAUGAUGAUGAUGAUGAUGUUACUGCAAAGUGCUUCCGCUUUGUUGGCCCAUGCGAAAAUGAGGCACAAUAUGUCGUUCAGUCAACGGUGAACGGCGAAGCUGAAGCUGAAUCACCAACGUGGAAUACCUCUUGCCAACAAAAUAGCUAAAGAUUCCUUUAUUCCCGGGAAUUUAAUUAAAGCUUGAAACAGAAAAACAAGAAAGGCUCACUGGCAACCAAAAGGGCAGUGCCCGACGGCAUUGAGGUGGCCCAUAAAUCCACCAUCCAUGCAGCUGCAGCUGCUGGGCCACGUCCAUUGGCCAAUUAGCUGCUGCAACGGCCAACAGCGGCAGCGGCAAUAGUUCGGGCCCCAUUGAGCAACGCUCCUCCUUCGCCUCCUUCGAUGACUGCCGCCAAAAGACGUGCGGGCAGCAACAGCAGCGGCAGCAGCAGCAGCCAUGGCAAUGUGCAACAGCAACACCAACAGUCCCUGCAACAUCAGCAACAUCUGCAGCACCAGCAGCAGCACCAGGAGUACCAGCAACUGCUGCAGCAUCCGCAUCAUCACUACCACCAGCACUAUAGCAGCAAUGGGAGCACCAGCCACUCCACCACCAGCAACACCAUCGGUGGCCACACCAAUGUUGCCCACAGCAACAGCAACAGCAGCAACACCAACAGCAGCAACAGCAACAGCAACAGUAAUCCUCAGCAAUACCACCAGAGACAGCAGCCACAUCAGGCGACACUGCGCGAUUGCUCCGUCAAAUUGCCGCUGGAUAUCCUAUGGCUACCGAAAUCGGCCAUGCGACCGGCUGGUCCCGAUGCCUCGCCCACCGACUGCAUCCUGGUGGUGGGCGUGUCCCGUCCCAAAUUGGCCGUUGUCUUCCUUACGGUCAUGUUGAUAUCGCUGUUCCUCACCUUCCAUGUCCUGUACGAUAGUGCCGUGUACAAUAUUCAAGCUGCCCAGGCUGUCCACGAGAGGCAUCGCCUCUCCCUGGCCGCCUCUGCAUCGGCCUCGGCUUUAGGCUCCUCCUCCUCCUCGUCCUCCUCCUUUGCCUCCUCAUCAUCAUCGUCAUCAGGAUACUCUGGCUCCUCCGGAUCCUACUCCUCAUCUGCCAGCGCGGGAGGUAGCUCUAAUCAUCUGCCGGUGUUUGUGAAGCCAGUGCCCAGUUCCAAUCAACUAAGCCAUCCCAUGGUCUUUCCCUCGAGUCGUGUGCACUUUCCCAAAACGAGUCGGCGGCUGCCACAGGCCCUCAUAAUUGGGGUGCGAAAAUGUGGAACUCGGGCGCUGCUGGAGAUGCUCUACCUGCACCCAAGGAUCCAGAAGGCCGGCGGCGAGGUGCACUUCUUCGACCGGGACGAGAACUACCUGAAGGGUCUGGAGUGGUAUCGCAAGAAGAUGCCGCACUCCUUCCGCGGACAGAUAACCAUCGAGAAGAGUCCCAGCUACUUUGUAUCGCCAGAGGUCCCGGAACGAGUGCGUGCCAUGAACGCCAGCAUCAAGCUGCUCCUGAUUGUCCGGGAGCCGGUGACCCGGGCCAUUUCGGAUUAUACGCAGCUGCGUAGCCAUGCGGCCACCGCCAUCCUGCCCCUGGCCGAGAAGGAUCCCCCGAUCCCGAAUCAGAGUCCCAGCACCCGGGAGAGUUCCGGUGGAGGAGCCACCUCCAUCUCCACCUCCACCUCCAGUGAUGCAGCUGCCAAGAUGUCGUCGUCGCAGUCGUUGCUGUAUGCCAAACUGCAGUCUGCCCGGAGCUAUGACAAUGCCCUCGUGGGUGGCAGUGGGGCAGGAGCCAGGGAGACCAAAGGCAGGACAUUAUCAUCCUCGGUUAGGAGGGGAGCUGGAGCAGGAGCAGGAGCUGGAGCUAGUGGAGGAGCUGCGAUGACCACGACAACUCUGUCGCCAAUGGCAAGCGCCGCCCAAAUGGCAGCCAAGUCCUUCGAGGAGCUGGCCAUAUUUCCCAAUGGCACCGUUAACGAGGCUUAUCGACCGCUCAGCAUCUCCAUGUACCAUGUCCACCUGCAUCGCUGGCUGGAGGUCUUUCCGCGAGAGCAACUCCUGGUGGUCAACGGUGACCGCCUCAUCGAGGAUCCGGUUUCCCAGCUAAAACGCAUCGAGGCAUUCUUGGGCAUUGAACAUCGGGUGAAGAGUGAGCACUUUUACUUCAAUGAAACCAAAGGUUUCUACUGCCUGCGCUAUGACAACGGAGAUCGCUGCCUGCGAGAGACCAAGGGCAGGAAGCAUCCACAUGUGGAUCCCGUGGUGGUCUCCAGAUUAAGGAGGUUCUUUGCCGAAUACAAUCAGCGCUUCUACGAGCUGGUGGGCGAGGAUCUGGGCUGGCCAGAAGAAUAAAAACGGGGACAAGGAUCAGGACCAGAACUAGGAAAGCUUGGCCCAUAAAUCUCUCUUCGUGGUCAAUGGUCCGGCGAUUUAAUUACAAGGAGGAGGCGGGAUUACAGAGGCAGGAAAAGCAUGUGGCAGGAAAAAUAGAGGCAACUUUUACGUUUUGCAUACUUUUGUGUGCAACGCAGCGCAAGAGUGGAGAGGAGGAGGCCAUAUUUCUGCCUCGUUGGUUGCAACUCGCAGCUCCUCUGACAGUUCAAUUAUGCGCGCGUAUUGAAAAAUUGCAUUCCAAUUUUCGCAACGCCACAGAAGGACCGCCCUUAAACCAGGAAAGAGGGGGGAGAAUCAAGUGAAAACAAGGAGCAAAAAUGAAUAAAAAGUAGUAAAAAAGGAGCAA